AAUUCUGGUUGCCUGCGGCAAACAGCUGCAGGCUACUAUAUGAAUGACGAUGCAGGGCUUUUUCUCUUUACCGCGGCAGAUGAUGUCCUAAUGUGUUUUUUCUUUCUGCUCCGCGCAUCAGCAUACUUAUCUGGCUUUUUGACUUUUUUUGUUUCUUUUCAUCUGUAGCAUAAUGAAUGGUUACAGGGAUCUCAGCGCUGGCUCGCAAUACAUGUACAAUAUGACGAAUGGUUUGGAAGACGAUUCAUUCGAGGGUGUGCAGCCUAGAUGGCCGCACCUGCAAAAUCAGCAGCUGCAGUUUCAUGGCUACGACCAGGGCUCUACAGGUGGUCAUGGUCAGCACAAUAGCCAUUGGUCCAACACAGAUAUCCCACCCCAGUCUUUUCCUCAUGCGCAGCACCUCUCCUCCUCAAGUUUCUCUUCAGCAGGUUCAAGCUUACGAUCAUCACAAACAAGCGGAUUCUCAGACCUUUCCUUCCGAGAUUCAGUAUCGUCAUCCUCCUCAUGGUCCCGCACAUCUGGCAUGGGUCGAGACCAACACGUCCUACAGACCGAGUAUAUGUUAAGUCACGGUUCAUCAGCCCCGUCCCCUUACUUCUCCAGCCCCAUAGAAGAAACCGGUUCCAUCACAUCCAAGCGGCGACCUUCCCGGAAGCCCGUCAUGCAAGAAAAGGACUACUUCAAAACCUGCGUCUCGGCCCACAAGCAAUCCCGAACCUGCACCAAAUCUCACAAGUACUUCUGCACCAGCUGCAAAAAACCCUUUGUCGAAAAGGCAGACUGGAAGCGCCACGAAGAAACGUACCAAGAGCGCCCAGAAAUGUUCGAAUGCGACCUCUGUCCCGCAAUCUACUUCCUCGAGAAAGACUUUACCGCACACCACGGGCAAUCGCACCGCUGCGCCCCUUGCAGCGGCACCACAAAAUACCACAAGAAGACGCACGUGCUCUCCGCGCGCAAAGAGCGCAUGGCUCGUACGGGCUGGGGCUGCGGCUUCUGCUGCCACUUCAGCUCCGACUGGACCGAACGCUGCAACCACCUCGCGCACCACAUGGAGAAGCAAGGCCUCACCGAGUCCGACUGGAUCCACAGCAACGUCAUCCACUCGCUGCUCCAGCGCCCCGUCGUCUCCCACGAGUGGAGGAGCAUCAUCCAGGGCAUGCAAUUGCACACUGUGCUUUGCUCGUGGAACCAGCAUUCCACGGGGCGUGUAGAGGGGUAUCCAGAGAGCAAUCCCGUCCCGCAGCUGCAAGACUAUCUUGAGUAUUUUACACCGGAUCACGAUCCGGUUGCGCUGGCGCACCUCGCGUAUAGGAAGAUGAUUAGGCAUUCUGAGGCCCCCAGGUCCAGGACGGCGGCGCCGCUGCCACCGUUGCCGCAACAGCAGCAGCAGCAGGUCCCUGCGAGAGAGCGGCGGGGACAGACACUGCAGGAUCUCACACGCGACCCGGAUUUGUGGACGCAAUUUAUUAAUUCGGUGGUUGACGACGAUGUCAUGCCGCAGGGCGUGUGUCCGCUGGAUGACUUUUAUGAUGCUUGAAAUUCGCUUUUAAUGUUUAAUGAACUACUCUUGAGGAGUUUGAAAACGAGUAACAGUUGUACUAGUAAAAAAGAACACAGUUUCGGAAGCGGGUUUUGCUGGUUACAUUUCCUACCGAUUCCGACAUGAUGGAGUUUAACAUACAAUAACAUCAAAAAAAAAAGACGUUACU